CAUGUUUUUUUUUCAUUCAGCUGUGACCUGUGAUUGGGUCUUUUUCGCCAUGCGCACAGGACGGGAUAGUCCAAAAAGUCAUUUUUCCCUUUCUCUCUUUCCUUUGCUCGGUCAUUGGAGAAAGCACGAUCCUAUUACCACCGGUUAAUUAUUCGUUCCGUUUUCCCAUCCUUUAUUCACACAGCAACAUACCAUGAUCAAGAUUUGGAGCAUGAAGGCCAAAGAGGCUGCGGCUGAAAAGAAGAAGCCGAAAACAAGUGCAGCGCAAAUUCGUGUGCAGAAAGAUUUGGCCGAAUUGGAAAUUCCAGAGACUAUCAAACUCGAUUUCCCUGAUCCUGCAGAUAUUCUCAACUUCAACGUAAUCAUCACUCCCGACGAAGGUUUUUACAAGAAUGGCGUUUUCCGAUUUACUUUUGCCAUCAACAACAACUACCCACAUGAACCCCCAAAAGUCCAUUGCACACAAAAGAUCUAUCAUCCAAACAUUGAUCUUUCGGGUAACAUUUGUCUAAAUAUUCUUCGUGAAGACUGGAAGCCCGUGCUGUCAUUGCACUCUGUCUUGGUGGGAUUACAAUAUCUAUUCUUAGAACCCAAUGCUGACGAUCCAUUGAACAAAGAUGCUGCUGACGAUUUGCGACACAGUCGAAGAAAUUUUGAAGCCAAUGUCAACAAGUCGCUUUCGGGAGGUUCAUUCAAUGGCGUCAAUUAUGAUAAUGUAUUGGCAUAAAAGCAAAUGUAUUAAAAAAAACAGAAAGAAAAAAAAAAAACCAAAAGAGAG